AUGAGCGCAUUUUCGAAGAGACGAACAUUGGGAUUGUCUCGAUAUCCUGUUACUCUUACAAUCACGUUUUUACUCUCACUUUCCGUACUUUUUGUGCAAACCAACGUUGCCAUAAAAUUGCCGGAUAUUCCGGAUCGUGAGGAAAUGUCAGAUGUUGAGUUGAAACAGCACGGGAUGAAUGAUGAGCAACGCUUAUUCAAACACAUUGUCAGGAAUUAUGACAUUUCCGUGCGACCGGUUUGGAAUGCAAGCACUGUCGAUGAAAGAAAUCAAGUUUUGACGUUAAAUGUUUGGGUGGAACAAAGUUGGCGUGACGAAAGAAUUCGCUGGGAUCCAAUCGAAUUUGGCAAUAUCAGCAAACUAACAGUCGGCAAGAAGUAUUUGUGGACACCGGAUAUCGUCCUCUAUAAUAAUGCGCGAGAUUUCUCACGCGGUUUUGUUGACACUAAUCUUCAUAUUUUGAGUAAUGGCGAUAGGAUAUACGAUCAAUCACAGUUGGAUGUACAAAUUAUGGAACGAUACGAUGGUAAAAAUCCGUUCACGCGUGAUUCGUUUAUCGAAAAUGGGGAAUGGGAAAUUGUUGCAAAUCGUACUCGUAAGAUACUUCGCGGUAGACAAACAACCUUUUCGACAAUUGUAUUUGAAUUGCAUUUACGACGGCGCGUGCUAUACUUCAUUUAUAAUAUUAUCGCACCGUGUUUCAUGCUUUCUAUGUUAACAAUGAUGCAAUUCUUACUACCAUGUGAAAGCGGUGAAAAAAUAACACUUGGCUUAACAGUGCUGCUAGCUUAUUCCGUUUUCAGCUUUAAUAUUGCUGAAAAUAUGCCGGAAACAUCAGAAGUCAUUCCUCUUAUCGCAAUAUAUUUGAUGGGAAUAAUGACAAUCUCGGGUCUCGGCGUUUGUCUAUCAGUCAUCGUUCUCAACAUGAGGCACAGCGCUGAACGAAAUUGCAGACCACCAUACUGGCUGAAUUUUAUUGCUUAUCGAAUUCUGGGGCGCUUGUUCGGCACAGCGACACCAAAAACGCGUCGAAAAUUGGAAUAUGCGAAGAACACAAAAGAUUUGAUGAGCGAAAUUAUUAUAGAACGAAUUGAAAAUGAGAACGAUCACGACGAAUUGGUUGAGGAAUGGAAUCAUAUUUCGAUUGUCUUUGAUCGCUUCUUCUUUUGUUGUAUUUUUUUCCUCACCGGUAUUGCUACCUUUUUUUUACUAAUAGCUCCACGUUUCAGUCAUCGAGAUUUUGAUAUGAAUCUCUGA